AAAAUUAGGGAGGCCAAAUGACGCAAGCCGUCUAAAGCGGCCCGUCUGGUCGUCUCCGGGUGUCGGUGGAAUCCGGAACCAGGGCCAUGGAAACGUCCGCUACAACUUCGCUGUUUGUUUAUGACAUGGGGGGUAUUUUUAGACCCUUUUGUCAUCUUUCCUCAACAGCCCGGCUGCGACGGUCGGUAUAAAGGGACUCCUUUCAACAUGCAGCUGUACAACAGUGCGCUGACACACUACCCACGAUCGUCUCGCAAAGUUACAAUAACUUUAUCGACCGGGUCCGAGCGCUUGAACCGCACAGCGCCGAGCUCCUCUGACGCUCGCGCAGCGGGAUUUACGCCACCGGGCGCCACUCCAACGACCAACGGGGAUCCGGUGAGAGACGGCGCUUCUUCCGCAAACAUGCCGGCAUUUUCAUGUUACAAGGCUAUGAGGCCUGUUCACUUCACAUCGACUGCUGAGAUAUCAAUCCGCAGACCCGAUGGAGCGGGGAGGACUGUCACGAGGGGAUCCAAGACCAAGCCCCCCUCUCCAGACUCACACAGUGGGCAAAGACCCCUCUAUAAUGACUCUGGUGUGAUUGUGGACUUGAUAGAUCAUCUCAGAAAUGGCAGAGAGGAGCUUUUCCCCGAGCUGGUGGGAAGUCCCUUUUUCAACAGAAACGACAUCUGUGGAUCCAGAAAAGAAGAAGGCAAGAAGGUGGUUGGAGGUUCUAGUGAGGAGGAGGAUUCAGUUUCAACUCCUGGAGCUAAAGCGCCCUUCAGAAGCAAUGGGUGUGACUUAUUACACAAAGGGGAGCCAGUUGCCUCCAGAGCUGGUCACCCUAAAGACCCCAUAAAGGACGAUUUGAGAGAUCUGAGCGGUGGCCCAGCCGCUCCAGCAUCGGACGAGAGUCGGGCCUUCGAGCUCAGCGUUCUGCAGGAAUCUCGUCCUCGGGGAUGCAAAGAGCGAGAGGACGGCGACCUCAAAGUCAGCCGGUACCUGGCGGAAGUCGAGAAGCAGAACAAGUACCUCCAGGAGAGGCACAAGUACAGGUACCACGUCAUUCCAGAUGGCAACUGUCUGUACAGAGCGGUGUGCAAAGCCACGUACGGGGACCAGGCGAGGCACGGGGAGCUGAGGGAGCAGACGGUGCACCACAUCGCCGACCACCUGGAGGAGUUCAACCCCGUCAUUGAAGGGGACGCGGGGGUGUUCCUGAUCAACGCGGCGCAGGACGGCUCCUGGGCGGGUUACCCCGAGCUCCUCGCCAUGAGCCAGCUGCUGGACGUCAACAUCCACCUGACGACGGGGGGGAGCUCGGAGAGCCCCACCGUCUCCACCAUGGUGCACUACCUCGGGGAGGAGGACGCCUCCAAAGUGGCCAUGUGGCUGAGCUGGCUGAGCAACGGCCACUACGACGUCCUCCUGGACAAGUGUCUCCCCAACCCGGAGUACGAGGACUGGUGCAGACACUCGCAGAUGCAGAGGAAACGGGACGAGGAGCUGGCCAAGUCCAUGGCGGCCUCGCUGUCCAAAAUGUACAUUGAGCAGAACGGAUCGGCGUGACGUGAAUGGAUGAGUUGGAGGGACGAAACGCAGAGCCUCCGGUUCCGCUCGGCGUCUCUACGCGGGUUGAACAUGUAUUUAGUUUUAUAAGAUUGAUGUCUUCAGAAAGAGGAAGUGCAGUGCACAUACUUUUGUUUUUGUACAUGCCAAAUUAGUGGCAGUGGUUUGUGGAAGUGUUUGAAAGCGUGUGCGCUUGUUUGUGAUAGUUUGGGUUAUGUUGACGUGAGUGAACCUCUUUAAUGAUGAUGAGUUACUGUAUGGGGAAGUGCUUUUGAGUAUUUAUUAGCCUUUUAUUGGCAGACUUGUUGUUUUUCUAUGUUUGUGUUUUGUAGACCAAUGCCAAUGCCAGAAAAAAGCUUUGAUUUGCUACAUAGCUGCUGUUGAAUACCUGUAACGCUCCUCUCUUUUGCACAAAAGUCCUAUCAGACAAGUCCGGAGAGUUUUGAUCUGCGUCUGCGAGAACAAUUCACGGCUUCUUUUUCUAUUAUUCCAGUUCUCUUCAGGCUUUUUGACAAAAGAAUUUUUAAAAAAUAAAGUUGUGAAGAAACGUGA